GGCAUGCAGCAGCUUCCCUGAAUCGCCACUGGCCCUGGCAAAUAAGUCACCACUGCAAAAACACAGCGGGGACGCAUUGCUACAUCUCGCUUGUUUGAACAGGGAGCCCUCCUCUCAAAGCAAACAUCGCAAAGUCCUUCCAUCGCAAAGCCACCGAGGUAAAGCAGCGAUGGCGACGGGGGCUGCAUCGACAUCCGAGGCUGCCGCGCGAUUGCUGCUGCUGCUGCUGCCGCCACUGCUGCUUCUACUGCCACCGUCCCUCGACGGCUUGUCGAUCGUCAGCAGCUGCCCCGGCGUGCACGGCAGCGACAACUACCGCAAGUGCUUCUGCGACGAGGGCGGCAGCUUCGUGUGCGACCUCUUCGACUCGCACGCGUUGCCCAACCGGCUCGCUCGCCUCGCCGCUGACCGAUACAACGUGGAACGCGGAUCGCCCGCGCGCUCCUACGAACUCCGGGGGGUCAUCGCCGCGCAGGAGAUCCUGUGCUCCGCGCGAGAAGCCAACGCCAUGGACUGUUGCGAGAGGGCCUUUUUUGGAGGGCUCAUACCGUGGAAGGCGCAGAUGGACACAAAUGCGCCUUCCAAUUAUCACUUCGCCUUUGAAUUAACGGAAUAUCCGAGCAAGCUCGUGGGCAAGUGCAAGGCGCACAUCAGCUUCCCGAGGCUGCCCGGCAAGGCCAUGCGGGCCGACCUCCUGGCCUGUGACUUCCCGCGGGGCGGCGACGCGGGGCCAAUCCCCGUCAAAGACGACGACGCCGCCGGCGGCGGCAUCUCGCUGAGAGACGCCCUGGAGAAGCUGGGGACUAAACCGCCGGCAGUCAUCGGCUCGGUGUUCCCUGACAGCUUUGGGAAUGUCCUGAGCGUGCUGAAACCGUUCUGGAGGCUGGCGAAGAUCGGAGGAAGCUUCGUGAACCUGGAGAGGGGGGACGUAAGCAGCAAAGUAACGCUGGCCCAAGUGCGCAGCGUCCGGCAAGUGCCCGAGAGUGACCCCGAGAGUGACCCCGAGAGUGACCCCCAGGGUGACCCCAAGGGUGACCCCAAGGGUGACCCCAAGGGGCUGCAGUUCCAAUUCAUUGCCCUGAUGCACGAGCUCCCAUCGCAGGAAAUCAUCACGUGCUCAAUGCUGAUUGGCUGGCGCGAAGGGCAGAAGGUCGCCGUGCGGUUCAACUGCUCCGAGCCGGCGUGCCUCGCUCCGGCCCCGGAGGACGGCUCCGGAUCCGGGCAGGGCUAGCGGCUGGGCCAUCGCGACAACUGCGAAGGAGCUCGCUCACUCACCCCCUCACCACUCACUCGCUCACUCACCCCCUCACCACUCACUCGCUCACUCACCCCCUCACCACUCACUCGCUCACUCACCCCCU